CCCUUUUUUUACUUUCUUCUUCAUGUGUCUCAAUCUUUACAACUAUUUUGUGUCGAACCAUUUACCGCACAUUUGCUGUCUAAACGUUCUUCUUUCUUGAUUAACUAGUCACCAGCAUUAUUGACCAUUAGAGAAAAGAUUAUGCAGUGUAGUCCCUGAACUUCAUACGUAUUUAGAAAAAAGACCCUAGAGAACCAAUUCUACAUUUGCUGCAAGCCACUGUAUAAUAAUAACGUUAGUUGCAAAUCCUUUCAACAGAAGUUCUGUUUAUCACAGAACAUUUAACCAAACAAUGGCUUUUAACUCUGAUAGUAAUAAAAACAUGAGGCUGAAUAUAAGUUGGGGGUGUAGUCUUGUAAAUAGUCUAAAUACCAUGGCAUAUAUAAAACAAUUACACGUGUUUCAAAAAAUAAAGAUAAACAAAUUACACAAAGCGUUGAAGACUUGACAUCUAGCGAUGUAGACGCAGAAUAUUAUCUCUCUCAUAAAACGCAUUAUCAGAGGUUGACUUUCCCACGGCGGAUACAUGGCGGCAGAGAAUGGGUUUCUUACUCAGUUCGUCGACGAGACAACGUUUUACAACCGGAUCGUCCUGAGUCACCUCUUGCCGGCGAAUCUAUGGGAGCCUUUACCACGUUUCCUUCAAACAUGGCUCCGGAGCUACCUCACCGGAAACUUAUUUUACUUCAUCUCCGCCUUCCUCUGGUGCUUCUACAUCUAUUACCUUAAACGCAAUGUUUACAUCCCCGAAGAUUCUAUUCCUACAAGAAAGGCAAUGAUUCAGCAAAUACAUGUGGCAGUGAAGGGUAUGCCUUGGUAUACACUUUUCCCAACUGUCUCUGAGUAUAUGAUCGAGCGUGGUUGGACCAAAUGUUACUCUACACUUGACCAAUUCAACUGGUUCCUCUGUUUUGUUUACAUCGUGCUCUAUCUCUUUAUAGUUGAGUUUGGUAUGUAUUUGGUUCACAAAGGGCUUCAUGACAUUAAAUUUCUCUAUAAGCAUCUCCAUGCCACCCACCACAUGUACAACAAACAAAACACACUCUCUCCAUUUGCUGGGUUUGCGUCCCAUCCAUUGGACGGGAUACUUCAGGCUGCACCACAUGUGAUAGCUCUGUUCAUAGUGCCGGUUCAUCUCAUAACGCAUAUGAGUCUUUUGUUUUUGGGAGGGAUAUGGACAACGUGCAUCCAUGAUUGCAUCCAUGGUAAUAUCUGGCCUAUAAUGGGUGCAGGGUACCAUACAAUACACCAUACUACAUACAAGCAUAACUAUGGUCAAUAUACCAUUUGUAUGGAUUGGAUGUUCGGCACCCUUAAGAUUCCUGUAGCCGAAGAUAACGGCUUAGAUCAGAAAGCUAAGUGUGAUUAAUGUUCAAAGUUCACUUGUGGGUGUCAGUCUCUUUCAAUGAUAUUAUAUAUUUUCAAGAUGAUAUUUCAAGAUUUGGAUCUUUUGAUUCAAAA